AUGCCUUCUCGAUCUGCUGAAACCGGCCUCAAAAGAAAGCGCUCGAGAGCGCAGUCUCUCCCCCCGCCCGAACUCCCCCGACUCGUCGCCGAACAACACGUCCCUAUCGCAGCGAACGACAAAGACACCAAGAGACUGAUUGUGGUGCUCUCAAAUGCCUCUCUGGAGACGUACCGAGCUGCACACGGCGGAAAAUCCGGGGGGAAAGAAGAGAAGUAUUCGCUCUUGAACAGCGACGAACACAUCGGCGUCAUGCGGAAGAUGGGCCGAGACAUCAGUGAUGCCAGACCCGACAUCACCCACCAGUGCCUGCUUACGCUGCUCGAUUCCCCGAUCAACAAGGCGGGUAAACUACAGAUCUACAUUCACACGGCCAAGGGCGUCUUGAUCGAAGUCAGCCCCACCGUCCGCAUUCCUCGGACCUUCAAGCGGUUUGCCGGUCUCAUGGUCCAGCUGCUGCACAGGCUCUCGAUUCGGUCGGUGAAUUCACAGGAGAAACUGCUCAAGGUCAUCAAGAACCCCAUCACGGAUCACCUGCCACCAAAUUGCCGGAAAGUCACUCUCAGUUUCGAUGCCGAAGUUGUGAGAGUUCGCGACUACAUCGAUACCCUGGGCCCCAACGAGAGCAUCUGCGUCUUCGUCGGAGCCAUGGCCAAGGGCAAGGACGACUUUGCCGACGAGUUCAAGGACGAAUCUAUUAGUAUCAGCAACUACAGCCUCAGCGCCAGUAUCGCUUGCAGCAAAUUCUGCCACGCCUGCGAGGAUGCCUGGACAAUCAUCUAA